UAGGAAGCGCCGUGGGGACGCUGUGCAGCGCUCUGCGGCGCGCGGGGAGGUGGGCUGGGGUAGCGCUUCGAAGGUCUGCGGGCCCGCGCGGGUAGCGGUAAUUGAGAAAGAAGACCACCGGGGGCGCUCAGCGGCGGUCUGUGCUAGGCGGACAUACGGGCGUGGGUAACGCGGGAGGAUUCCACGGGCGUCCUGGGCGACGGCGGAACCCUUCGCUCCUCGGCGCGCGGGGACGCCAUGCCGCGAGUCCAGAAGAGGCCGGCGGGGGCCGCGAGGCCAGACAAGAAGGGGCCAAAAGGAAAACGAACCAAAACUGAGAACCCAGGGGAGGCGUCAGCUAAGGUGGAGAACUCCAGCCUCCAGGAGACUUCAGCCUCUAAAGACUGUGGGAAGAAUCUAAGCAGCUACUGGCUGAUGAAGUCAGAGCCAGAAAGCCGACUGGAGAAAGGUAUAGACGUGAAGUUCAGCAUUGAGGAUCUCAAAGCACAGCCCAAGCAGACAGCAUGCUGGGAUGGUGUUCGCAACUACCAGGCCCGAAACUUCCUGAGAGCCAUGAAGCUGGAGGAGGAAGCCUUCUUCUACCACAGCAACUGCAGAGAGCCAGGCAUUGCGGGGCUCAUGAAGAUCGUGAAGGAGGCGUACCCAGACCACACACAGUUUGAGAAAAACAAUCCCCACUACGAUCCAUCCAGCAGAGAAGACAACCCCAAAUGGUCCAUGGUGGACGUACAGUUUGUUCGGAUGAUGAAGCGUUUCAUCCCACUGGCUGAGCUCAAAACCUACCACCAAGCGCACAGAGCCACUGGCGGUCCCUUAAAAAACAUGGCUCUCUUCACUCGCCAGAGACUCUCAGUCCAGCCCCUGACCCGAGAGGAGUUUGAUUUUAUUUUGAGCCUGGAGGAAAAGGAACCGAGUUAAUGGAGACACGGCUGCUGAAGUGGGCAAGAUGUUGCCCCAAAGUCAAGCUUCCACGAGACAAAAGGCGGCGUGGGGGACAUGCUGGUUGUGUUCACCUGGGGUCGUGUGUAGACAUCGGGUUUGGGUCCUUUUUAGUAAAACAUGA